ACACCGGUGUUCUGUUCACAUUCAACUUGACUUGUUGAAGUUUAUAAAUUAUCCUUUUCAAAAUGAUGUCCUCGUGGAUUAAUAGGCAGUCAACCUGUCCUUUAGAUUCGUUUUUUGACGUCAAACGGAUUAAGAAUGAACCUGAAACUGGCUUUUCGUGCGAGGAAGCCAAUACUAAUUUUUAAUGGCAUCUGAUGGAAUCCGUUGUGUUCCGGCUUUGUGAAAAAUCGCCGGAUAUUCUGAGAGAGGUGUGUUUAGAACGCGGCUGGGAAGAGUACAACGAAGAUGGGGGUGAGGCGGAUGGCAACUGGAAUCUAUGGUGGAAAACUCAAGGUUUUACUUCAGGCGAAUUCGAACAUUGUCGUCCGUGGCAACGCCUGAAUCACUUUCCGAAAUCGACACAUAUCACAAAGAAAGACGGCCUAGCAAGAAAUCUCAGGCGAAUGAGAACAUCCUAUGGAGGUUCCAUGUUUGAAUUUUUUCCACUAACGUUCAUCCUUCCUAAUGAAUAUAAAAAGUUUGUGGCAGAGUUCUCAAAGCAAGAUGGCGCCCAGCAAUCAAAUUACUGGAUUUGCAAGCCAACUGAACAGUCCUGUGGCAGGGGGAUUUUUAUUUUUCAAGAUCUUCACGACUUGACUUAUGACUGUGCUGUCGUCGUGCAAAAGUACAUCAUCAAACCUUUUCUAAUUUCGGGUUAUAAGUUUGAUUUACGCUUAUAUGCAAUAGUCACUUCUUUCCACCCUUUCCGGCUGUAUAUUUACCAUGAAGGUCUUGUACGGUUUAGCACUGAAAGGUUUGAUUUGUCCUCACUUGACAAUCGUUUUUCACAUCUCACAAACACCAGCAUUAACAAAACUGGACCGCAGUAUUCGGCAGAAAAGGAAAGCAUUGGAACUGGUUGUAAAUGGACCCUAGGUAAACUGCGACAUUACCUGCACAAACACGAUAUUGAUGAUCGCUUAUUGUGGCACCGCAUAACAUCAAUCAUUAUUAUCACACUUCUUUCACAGGUCCAAGAGAUACCAAGUAAUAGUUCUAACUGUUUUGAACUGUUUGGGUUUGACAUACUCAUUGAUGAAAAAUUGAAGCCAUGGCUGUUGGAGGUCAAUUUCUCCCCAGCUCUAGGAAAUGAUUGCAAUCAGGAUGAAUUGGUGAAGAAACCACUGCUGAAUGACAUACUCGAAGCUCUGAACUUUACCGAGGUAGACGUCAAAAGGGGAAAAAAGGAAAAGGAGAACAAUGAUGUUAGGAAAAAAGGUUUAAAAGGGAGAGAUGAAGGGAAUGGCAUGGUUAAGGCUGGAAAAAGUAUCUAUUCCAGACCUGGUGGUAAAAAGAAAUGCAAGAGCAAUUUUAAUAUUUUUCCACCACAAUCUGAAUCGGAGUGUAUGCAAGUUGCUGAAUGUGUAAAAAAUCCUGGUUUAGGUGAAAGAAAACAGGAAGAUAAAAAUAUGUGCAAACACUGGAGAGAGAAUGGUAAUGCAAUUGGCAGCAAGGGAAAGAAAUGCAUUCCAAGAUGCAAAACACCAAGCUCAAAGUUCAAUCUGUUGGAUCAAAAGAGACUAAGUACUUCAGAAGAGUUUCUUAGAGCUACUAAGAUUGACUGUGAUGGCCAAGGAGAACUGAAUGAUAGCAAAGUACCUCUGAAUUGCACCAAAGAGGAUAAUUUGGCUGUUAAAAACAGUCCUGAUAUCAUCCUAGGGGCUGAGGAAAGCCAGUCAUUUUUGUCGGACCAAACACAAGAUGAUAAAGGUGGUCAGGAGACAAAUGAUGAAGGAGAGGGAAAGAUGUCAAGCCCCCAGAAGAUAUCUAGAAGUGAGUCUCAAAGUGGGUCAUCAAUGCAUUUAUUGCAACCUGAAAAUGGCAACAAUCAUGGUAAACUACCAUCUCACCUACGUUUACGCCGUUAUAAAUCAGAAGCAUCAUCUCUGAACUCACUUCAGUCAGUUCAUAAAUAUGGCUUGCCAAAUGCAAGUACAGAAACCUUGCAUCACUUUCCUUCUAGGUACUCCACAAGGAUCUCCACAGCAAGUAUCUAUAGGCAAGGUACCAAGAAGACUAAAGAUACACUGAAACUUCGACCUCAAAUUGGCAAUUGCAUUCUGGCAUUUCCUUUCAAUGAAGUAACACUCAAGGCCAGCCUCGGAAAGCUUGACCAGAAGGUGGCUGUUGAAGAAAUAAGAAAAAUUCUGAAGGCAACCAGUAGUCACAUUAGGUCAUCUAAAUCAGAUGCCAGUGAUGAUGGAACCAAUUUACUUGAUCUUUCAAAACCAUUUUGGGGCUAUAGGUCAAAAUUAAACACAUUUUACAGUUCUUUAUGACUGAAAUGGCAAACAACCAAUGAUAUUUAUUUAGGCUAUGAAAUUUUAAAACAUUACUUUGUUGUUCCAUAUUCCUAG